CCUAUGACUUACUUAUUUUUGUUCUUUUUUCUUUUUUGGGUAUAAAAGACGAAUUUCUUAAUUCUCUGAUAUGCAUUUUAUUUUGGAACAAGAAUUGUUGUGUACGUUCUUUGUUUUUCCUUGUGUUAGUUCACUGUUUUGUUUUCUCUCUUCACGAUCUCAAUGGCCGACAAUUCCAAGGACGAAACCAAACACAGCCUAAUCUUCACGUACGGCUCGCUGAAACGGGGUUUCAAGAAUCACUUCCUGAUGGAGGACCUAAUCACUCAGAACGACGCCGUGCUCAUCGGAUCUUUCGUGACCCAGGAUCCGUACCCACUGGUCAUUGGACCUUACACCAUCGGCUAUCUCAUCAACUUACCCGGAAAUGGCCACCGAGUCAAGGGCGAGCUCUACUCCGUCUCGGCUCCCGGUCUCGCUCGCCUGGACGAGCUCGAAGCCACCAGACUCGGUCACUACGAGCGACUACCCAUUGAAGUCGUUAGUUACCGUACGGAAUCCGAUGAUAAGGAGCAGGAUAAUGAGGAUGUGGUAGAGGCCGAGGCGUACUACGCACACAGGAGCUUCGGUGAAGCAUUGUGGAACAAAAAAAUGAUACAAUGCGUCAGCGAGUAUUCCGAGAGAGAGAACAGUUUGUUUGUGAAAAAAAAGGACAGACUUAACGGUGGUCGGAAUUUUCUCGACGAACUUCGCGACUUCAUCUCAGCUUCCUCCGACACUCAUGAGACUGAAAGUGAAGCAAAAUUUGGGGAAAAUCCAACUCCAAGUUCGGGAAGUGUAGGCUGGAAUAAGAUUCCAGAUAGUUGGUGUGAAGACCCAUUUCGUAAGUAGGAACUGGACAAGAUGAUAAUUUCGAUUGAGCGAGAUUGGGAUUAAACUGGAUGUAAUAUAUUUUCGUAAUGUAGUAUAUUUGGUGCAAUGUCAUAUGGAAAGUAUUAUGCUAGCUGUAAUAGUAUAAUGGUUAUGUUUUUUCACAUUUGAUUCAAAACUAUAAAAUAAUUAAGUUGUGUAUUGGUAUUAAAUAAACUAUAUGUAAUCAACUUUUAUGUUAUAAAAUAAAAUUAACCAGAUAUAUGUUUUGCU